UCUGGCUCCCAGAGAUGAAUGCAGUUCCCUCCAGCGGAGUCCCUGGAGAGCCCUCCUGGAGCGGGGAGCCUCGUGGCUCCUACUUGAUGGUCAAUGCUUCCCAGCAUGCUCCAGGCCAGCGGGCCCAUGUCAUCUUCCAGAGUCUGAGUGAGAAUGACACCCACUGUGUGCAGUUCAGCUACUUCCUGUACAGCCGGGAUGGGCACAGCCCGGGCACUUUGGGCAUCUAUGUGCGUGUCAAUGGGGGUCCCCUGGGCAGUGCCGUCUGGAAUAUGACUGGAUCCCACGGCCGCCAGUGGCACCAGGCUGAGCUGGCUGUCAGCACAUUCUGGCCCAAUGAAUAUCAGGUGCUGUUUGAGGCCCUCAUCUCCUCAGACCGCAGGGGCUACAUGGGCCUAGAUGACAUCCUGCUUCUCAGCUACCCCUGCGCAAAGGCCCCGCACUUCUUCCGCCUGGGCGACGUGGAGGUCAACGCGGGCCAGAACGCCUCGUUCCAGUGCAUGGCUGCUGGCAGAGCAGCGGAGGCCGAGCGCUUCCUUCUGCAGCGACAGAGCGGGGCACUGGUGCCCGCGGCCGGCGUGAGGCACAUCAGCCACCGGCGCUUCCUGGCUACCUUCCCGCUGGCCGCCGUGCGCCGCGCGGAGCAGGACCUGUACCGCUGCGUGUCCCAAGCCCCGCGUGGCGUGGGCGUCUCCAACUUCGCAGAGCUGAUCGUCAAAGAGCCCCCUACCCCCAUUGCGCCCCCGCAGCUGCUGCGCGCUGGUCCCACCUACCUCAUUAUCCAGCUCAACACCAACUCUAUCAUUGGCGACGGGCCGAUCGUGCGUAAGGAGAUUGAGUACCGCAUGGCGCGCGGCCCGUGGGCGGAGGUGCACGCGGUCAGCCUGCAGACCUACAAGCUGUGGCACCUCGACCCCGACACGGAGUACGAGAUCAGCGUCCUGCUCACGCGCCCCGGUGACGGCGGCACCGGCCGCCCCGGGCCGCCCCUCGUCAGCCGCACCAAGUGCGCAGAGCCCAUGAGGGCCCCCAAAGGCCUGGCUUUUGCUGAGAUUCAGGCCCGCCAGCUGACCCUGCAGUGGGAACCACUGGGCUACAACGUGACACGUUGCCACACCUACACUGUGUCCCUGUGCUAUCACUACACCCUGGGCAGCAGCCACAACCAGACCAUCCAGGAAUGUGUGAAGAUAGAGCGGGGUGUCAGCCGCUACACCAUCAAGAACCUACUGCCCUACCGGAAUGUCCACGUGCGGCUCGUCCUCACUAACCCCGAGGGGCGCAAGGAGGGCAAGGAGGUCACGUUCCAGACGGACGAGGAUGUUCCUGGCGGGAUUGCAGCUGAGUCCCUGACCUUCACUCCGCUGGAGGACAUGAUCUUCCUCAAGUGGGAGGAGCCCCAGGAACCCAAUGGCCUCAUCACUCAGUAUGAGAUCAGCUACCAGAGCAUCGAGUCGUCAGACCCGGCGGUGAAUGUGCCGGGCCCACGGCGUACCAUCUCCAAGCUCCGCAAUGAGACCUACCACGUCUUCUCCAACCUGCACCCGGGCACCACCUACCUGUUCUCUGUGCGGGCCCGCACGGGCAAAGGCUUCGGCCAGGCGGCGCUCACCGAGAUCACCACCAACAUCUCAGCUCCCAGCUUUGAUUAUGCUGACAUGCCGUCGCCGCUGGGCGAGUCUGAGAACACCAUCACCGUGCUGCUGAGGCCAGCACAGGGCCGCGGGGCGCCCAUCAGUGUGUACCAGGUUAUUGUGGAGGAGGAGCGGCCACGGAGACUCCGGCGGGAGCCAGGCGGCCAGGACUGCUUCCCAGUGCCUCUGACCUUCGAUGCGGCGCUGGCCCGAGGCCUGGUGCACUACUUCGGGGCCGAACUGGCGGCCAGCAGUCUGCCUGAGGCCAUGCCCUUCACCGUGGGUGACAACCAUACCUAUCGUGGCUUCUGGAACCCACCACUUGAGCCCAGGAAGGCCUACCUCAUCUACUUCCAGGCAACAAGCCACCUGAAGGGGGUGAGGGGCCGACCGGAGUGGUGGCGGGGGCGGCUGGGGGGCAGGAUUGGCGACACCUUGGAGCAGGCUGCUACAGAGGCCAGAGACCCACCCCCACCAGGCCCUACCCCCGUCCUGAUCCCGCCCCCGCUGAUGAGCCUUGCCCUCCGAUAG